AUGCUCUCGCUCCCGACCCGCACCGCCUCGCGUGCGCUGCGCCGCUCGCGCCCUGCCGCCCGCCCCACCGCAAUCGGCGCCUCGUCGCCUCGCCCGCUCUCGUCGACGGCAUGCCUCUCGGCCCUCGCCGACCUCGAGGCCAUGUCGGCGCUCAAGCCCUGGAAGGGCACGCAGACCGCCGGCGGCGACACGACCCACUACCUCGGCGGCGAGUGGACCGCGGGCGACUCGUCCCACUUCAUCCCGGUCAACGACCCGUCGUCUCAAAGGGUCCUGACGCGCGUCCCGGAGGCGACGCCCGCCGUGCUCAAGCUCGCCGUCGACCGUGCCGAGGCGGCGUUCGACGAAUGGAAGGACUCGAGCGUGCUCAAGCGCCAGGCCGUCAUGCUCAAAUUCCAGUCGCUCAUCCGCGAGAACCACGACGAGCUUGCGAGGUCAAUCGUGCUCGAGCAGGGCAAGACGUUCGCCGACGCCAAGGGCGACGUCCUGCGCGGUCUGCAGGUGGUCGAGGCCAUGUGCGGCGUGCCCUCGCUCCUCCUCGGCGACAAGCUCGAGGUGUCGAAGGACAUGGACACGACGACGCGCCGCCUCCCUCUUGGCGUCGUCGCCGCCGUGUGCCCGUUCAACUUCCCCGCCAUGAUCCCGCUGUGGGCCAUGGCCAUGGCGACCGCGACGGGCAACUCGCUCAUCCUCAAGCCCUCGGAGCGCGACCCGGGUGCGACCAUGAUCCUCGCCGAGCUCAUGGAGCAGGCCGGCCUCCCCAAGGGCGUCCUCAACGUCGUUCACGGCACGAUCGCGCCCGUCAAGUUCAUCUGCGAGGAGCCGCGCAUCAAGGCCAUCUCGUUCGUCGGCGGUGACCGCGCGGGCCAGUACAUCUACGAGACGGGCAGCAAGAAUGGCAAGCGCGUCCAGGCCAACCUCGGCGCCAAGAACCACUGCAUCCUCAUGCCCGACGCCAACCGCAACUUUGCGCUCAACUCGAUCGUCGGCGCCGCGUUCGGCGCCGCCGGGCAGCGCUGCAUGGCGCUCUCGACGCUCGUCGCCGUCGGCGACUCGCAGGAGUGGAUCGACGAGCUUGUCAAGCGCGCACAGGGGCUCAAGGUCGGCAACGGGUUCGACCCCGACACCGAGGUUGGCCCGCUCAUCACGCCGGCCGCCAAGGAGCGCGUCGAGAAGCUCAUCCAGACGUGCACGGAUCAGGGCGGCAAGGUCCUGCUCGACGGGCGCGGCGUCAAGGUCGACGGGUACCCGAACGGCAACUUUGUCGGCCCCACGAUCCUCGAGGCGACGACCGACAUGGACUGCUACACCCAGGAGAUUUUCGGCCCGGUCCUGACGAUCGUCAAGGCGGCGACGCUCGACGACGCCAUCAAGGUCAUCAACUCGAACCAGUACGGCAACGGCGCGAGCAUGUUCACGCAGAGCGGCGCGACGGCGCGCAAGUUCGAGAAGGAGGUCGAGGCGGGUCAGGUCGGCAUCAACGUCCCGAUCCCUGUCCCCCUGCCCAUGUUCUCGUGGUCGGGCAACAAGGGCUCGGUCCUCGGCGGCGCGUCGCUGUACGGUCCUCGCGGUCUCGACUUCUGGACGCAGCUCAAGACGACGACCUCGUACUGGAGCUCGCAGGACGCGCUCAGCGCAAAGGCGACGACGUCGAUGCCGACGCUCAACUAG